AUGGCCAAAUCUCUGUUGAGCUUACACUUCCCUCUGAUCAUCACUGCAUGUUAUCUUGUUCCUUCUUUGUGUAGUGUUACUACAAAUUUCGAUGAAAUCGCUUCUUGUUUUCGUGGUCAAAAAAUUAGCAACUUCACUUUAUACUCAUCUAGCAAGGCAUCUAAGUACUUUGAUCUCCUCAACUUCUCGUUACAAAAUCUCAGAUUUUCAGAUAUUUCAGUUUCAAAACCAUCAGCCAUCAUCAUACCGAAGAGCAAAGAAGAGGUUUCCAGCAUAGUAUUGUGCUGCAGAAAAUGGUCUUUCGACAUGAGAAUUCGGUCAGGAGGGCACAGCUAUGAGGGCAUAAGUAGCACAUCAUCGAGUAAUCAGACCACGACGUCUGCUGCAUUUGUAGUUAUUGAUAUGAUGAGCCUUGACAAGAUUUCAGUCGACGUGAAGUCUGAGACCGCGUGGAUUGAAGGCGGUGCAACGCUUGGGCAGACUUACUAUGCAAUCGCGGAGUCCAGCAACGUUCAUGCCUUCCCUGCAGGGGCUUGUCCUACAGUGGGAGUUGGAGGGCACUUCUCAGGUGGAGGAUAUGGAUUCCUAGGCAGAAAAUAUGGCGUUUCCGCGGAUCAUAUAGUGGAUGCGCUGCUUGUGGACGCCAGAGGACAGAUUCUCGAUAGAGAUGCAAUGGGAGAAGAUGUGUUCUGGGCUAUUAGAGGGGGAGGUGGAGGAAAUUGGGGAAUUGUGUUUGCCUGGAGAAUCAGGCUCGUAAAAGUCCCCGAAAUCGUGACAGCUCUUUCCGUGGCCAGGCUGCAACAUAAGAAAAAUCAAGUCGAGAAAAUCAUCCAGCAGUUCCAAGAUGCUGUUCAGGACUUGGAUGAUAAUUUUCAUAUCCUGGUUUUCGUGAGCUCUGGCUUGGUUCCGGGGAAAAAAGGAAUAGCUCUGAUAAUUCAAGGACUAUAUCAAGGUCCGAGAAACAAGGCCAUCUCGAUUUUAACUAGUAAUUUCCCGUUGAUGGAAAUAACAGAAGAGGACUGCAAAGAAAUGAGUUGGAUAGAGUCUGUGGAUUACUUGUCCGAUUUCAGUGGCGGACAGGGCUCUAUCUCCGGCCUCAAAGAAAGAUAUUUCCAAGGCAAAUCCUACUUCAAAACAAAAUCCGAUUACGUCCAGAAGGCGUUACCAAACGUGGGGAUCGACACUCUGAUAAACUUCCUCCAGAAGCAACCAAAAGCGUAUGCCCUGCUCGAGCCCUACGGUGGAAUCAUGGAAACCACGACAAGUGAUGCCAUCGCAUUUCCUCAUAGAAAAGGCAACAUUUUCUCAAUCGAGUACACGAUAACAUGGGACGAAAAGGAUCACAACAGCGGCAAAAGCAGCAAGUACAUUAACUGGCUAAGAAGGUUUUACGAUGCAAUGACACCCUAUGUUUCCGCAAAUCCCAGAGCGGCGUAUGUCAACUACAUGGAUCUUGACCUGGGAGAAGUUACGGAAUUUGUUAGUAGUAGUAGUAGUAGUGGCCCAGAUUUGAGUUCUCGAGUGGAUGAGGCAAGACCUUGGGGGGAGAAGUAUUUUGUGAAGAACUAUGAAAGAUUGGUGAUGGCCAAGAGUAUAAUUGAUCCACACAAUGUUUUCAGGCAUCAACAGAGCUUGCCGCCACUGUUAUCAUUCAAGUCUGAGGAGUAG